AUGGUCUCACCCUCGAAGGCCAAACUUUCCAGGAUCGCCAGUCAGCAGCCACCGCCGCCACCUCAGCGAAAGUCGACGACAUCAAGUAAGCCAUGGGACAAUAAAGUGAAGCUGGUGAAAGGCCCGAAACCGUUGAUUCACCAUCGAUUCUUUCUGGACAUUGAACGACAUCAGAUCGCAGCGAAAAUCGAAUCGACUAUCAAACAGCUUGGCGGGUCGAUCGAGUUUUUCCUGAGCGAAAACAUAACCCACUUCAUUACCGAUAAGUACCAGCACCAACCACGGCAGGUUGGAAGCGGUGGUGGUGCAGCAGCGACUGGCGAACAACGGCCCGAGGAACGUCUUUCACUAGCCACACCCGGUGGCGGCAGCGCCUCUUCGUCGUCUCUAAUCACCCAAGCGCAAGCCCGCCAAUCGCAGCAACGUAGUGGCUCGCGCCAGCUACUAGCCCAUCAACAUCAGACCUCGCACCAGCAACCAACCCGCGGUCAAUAUGUAAAUGAUAUCGCACCGGCGACCAGUCGUACAUCGUCACCAUGUCCACCACCACCGGCAGGAGCAGCAGCAGCAGCAGCAGCAGCAGCACCACCGUCGCCAUUGGCGACCGUGCAGCAGCAGCAGCAACAGCAGGCGGUUGUUGCGUUCGAAGGAGCCGCCUCCAGCAGCGCCGGCGGCGGCUGCAGCACCAGCAUUGCAUCGGCCACAACAACCACGACACUUGGGUUUGAUGGGCGGGUUAAGGCAACUCAUCCAGCAGUACCACGGAGCCGUGCAGAUGCUAUGCUACAGUGCGUCCGCCAGCAGCAGCAGCGCCACCAACAUCAGUACCACACAUCAUCACACCAACAGCAGCAGCAGCAGCAACCGUCGUACCACUUGCUGCACUCCUCGCCACUAAACUACCAAUCACCAACGCCACCAGCGGCCACCGCCAUAAUCGGCAGUACGCCAACGAAGCGACGAAGCGAAACCACAUCGCCGUUCACCUUCUACUCGUCCUCGCACCACAAGCAACAACCGCAGUCCAGUUCUUGCCACAGUCCAGCGACCCCGGCAAGUGUCGAGCAACAGGUGGGUGUGCCGGCAACGGCACCACCGACACCGAAGCACCAGAACAGCCCCAUCCCACAGCUUGCCAGCUCUUGGGGCACACCCGUCUGGAGCCCGGAGCAGGCACUCAAGUUUCUGCGGAAAGUGCUCGAUUCGGUGCGCAACGAAAACCAUCCUCAGCAGCCGCCAUUACUCGGCGGCACUCGGGGGAGAGCAACAGCCGGAACAGCAGGAGGACGGACACACCGGCAUCAUCAUCCGCCGUCUUCUGCUUCGGUGCGCUCUCGACAUGUUCACCACCUGAAGGGUCGCUUUCUGAAGAUUGAGUCAGCCUCCAACCCGGGCCAGCAUCGGCCGUUUUAUCAGGAGUUUAAACGGUGGCCUGAUUUGCUGCUUCGCCACCCGGAGGCCGGCAAGAAGGCACCGUUUGCCGACGUUCACGAGCAGCCUCCGCCCGCAAGGCUGGUGGCCGGCGGCACCACUGGACAAACGGCUGCGGCCGCUCGAACCGGUUCACCGUUUGAUAGGAUGACACGAAAGGUCCCGGCCGGGAGAAACAUUACCGCAAAGAGUGGUGGUGCCAGUGCUGGUGACCCGAAGAACGUUAAAAAACGGGGCCCGCCGCAGCAGCAAGACGAAGGCACUGGUGCUGGUGCUGGUGGUGGUCAACAAAAGCCGGUCAAGGAUUGUGGUUACUGUGAGAUAUGCCGCAUCGAGUACGAUUCGCUGGCGGUACACGUGGAAUCGGACAGCCAUCGCGGGUUCGUGCAGAACGACGGCAACUUUCUGUCACUCGAUCGGCUUAUCGGUUCCAUCGGUGAAGCAGCCGGAGAUCAGGAUCAGGAGGCUGCCGUUGGUGGUUGGGAUGAUGAUGGUGGUGGUGCUGCUGUUGAUUUGCGUGACCUUUUCCUGCAGCAAACACAGGGAACUGGCCGCGAGGAUGCUCUUGAUCGGCCGCUGAAACUGGCCGCAGCAGAAGAAGCGCCAGCGAAGCCGCAUUAUUCAUCCGAAACAACGAAAGGAAAGCAAACGAUCGAUACGGAAGAAACAGAAGACACAGGGAAAGAAACGGAUAAAAACCUGAUUGUAGCACCAGCUACGACCACACCGAAACCGUUGUCAGUGCCCCGGAAGAGUGCUGGCGGUGGCGGUGGUGGUCUCGUCGGUGGUAGGGAGUGCGCUACAAACGUAGGACAAGCGAAACGGAAACGGAGCACGACGACGACUGAGGGCAAAAGUAAAGCGACGAAAGCAAAGUGCAGUAGUGGUGGUGAGUUCGCGGGAGACUUCUCGGAACCGACCGCCGAUGAGGACGAGGACCGAGGCAACACAACAGCAGAAUUGAUAAGACUCGCCAUCAGCAGUGUCGUGUCGUCCUUCGAAGGCGACAAUGAGAGCGGGGAUAAACGGGAAUCUACAGUGCGGUCCAAAAACAAUCGGAAAACAAUCGGUAGUGGACAAAGUAUUGCUGGCGGUGGUCCUCCGGCCGCAAGUGUUAGUGAGGAAUUAGUGGCGUUAAGCAAUCGUAGUAGUUACAAUCAGCACAAACUCGAUCCCGAUCGCGAUCGUGAAGAGGGGAACUCUGUGCAAAGAGCUCCGACGAUCCGGGAACCCGUGUCUAGGACCAGAGGACGUGGUGCAAAGUCGGCUCGCGGGAGACAGGAGCGGCGGUACAGUAAUCGACUCGCGGCCGCGGCAUCGGCCACGGAGGAAGUGACCACAACUGAAGAGCCACCAGCAGCGGAGUGUAGUUUGGGAAUGUUUGGGCGACGAUCAGCAAUUCAUCAUCAUCCGCAUAAUCAACUGAGCCAUCAUCACAAGCAUCAGAAGCACAAACCGACGACGCUCAGUGCCGCUGCUUUCCUGCCCAAGCAGCAGGAACAACCGUUUCGGGAACCGGAAUUGGAAACCUGUGCCCGAGCGGAUAGUGAAUCGGCAGCGGUAGUGAUCAGUGGCAGUGAUCACCAGCAGCAGCACCAGCAGCAGCCACAGGACGGUGGCAAUUCCUUUCAACAGUCAAGCGACGACGGCCACCACGACGAUGCUGUCGGGAUGAAAGUGAUUAGCGACUUUCGCCACGAGCCGCAGCAGCAGCAGCCACAAGUAGAGUUGAAGAAGAAGGCCGCCCCAACCGCGACGACGAACGUAUUGAUGGUCGCUGGCAUUGACGGAGAGCCACUAGUGAAGCAGCACCCGGCAGUAGCGGGUCGACGGAAAAAACGACGAGUGGUGGGUCCGAAAGCGACGGAAGAGCGAGGAACUCAGAAGCAGCCUUCACGGGAACAGGAGUCAACGAUGGGACUGAAAGCUUCCACGGCCGCCAUGAACAAACAUCAUCACUUACCACACGACGCCGGAGGUGGUGGUGGUGGCGUUGGGGCGGCCGCAGCUGCGGCGGCAGCGGCACUCCUCGAGUGUGAGGGUUUGGAUCCGAAAAACACGAAACGGAUCAGUCUGGGGCUACGACAGAACCCGAAGCGGGCGAAUUUGAACGAAGACUUUACGAGUCUGUUGGACGAGACGCUCGAACGGUCACGGAUGGGGACACCCGCAGGGUCCAUCACCACCACCGUAUCGACGGGCUGUUCGGUAUCGGCCCGGAAAGCACAGUCCCGGAUACGACACGGCGGCGGCGGGCAAAAGGCGAAGGAAAAGGCGGAGAAGAAGGUCCACGGAACCAUCACGGCAAGCGAGCACUCGCCCUCGGCAGUUUCCGCGGCCAUGACGGCGGCGGCACCGGGUGAAGCGAAACGGAUGGCGAAGAAAAACGCCUCGGCCGCCGCCCUGGAAACCAUUAAAGUACGCGGUAUACGAUGGAGAGCCCCGAGUCCGACCACCAGGCCACCGGUGAAGUCUCCGCUCCUGUACAAAGUGAUCGAUCCGGCCUCGGCGGCGGGAACUACGGCGGCGAGCUCACGGAUGGGAAGCACGAUCGAAGAGUCGACGGCGACGGAACGCAGGAAAUCAAGUGCAACGGCGGCCACCGGUGCUACACCGAUAUCGCCUAACCAGCGACGGAGUUCGGCAAAGUCGAAACAGCAGCACCAGCUGCCAACGAAAAACGGUCUGAUCGUAAAGAUUCGCCGGGUGCGCCAAUCGGAACUGAGCCUGCUGAACGACGAGGCGGAAAACUUUAUGUUUCCGAAGAAGGACGAAAGCAGCUCCGAUGCCGACACCGAUGACGAUCGGCAGACGUCGUCGGAAGGGUUCCGACAUCAGGAGGAGGGUCACCGAACGGCGACGGUGGCUAACUAUUCGAUCGAUCUCCAGAGUAGCAGCGAGUGUGAGUUAGCAAAACAGGAGGAUGACGAUGAUGACGACGAUGAGGCCACCACGAGUAGGAAGCGGAAAAAGCCUGGCUCCCAUCGGGUUGAUUCUGUUGAAAGUGAACCAUCCUCCACGUCGUCGUCCUCAUUCGCGGUCGCUCCGAGCGCUAAGCGAGCUCGACUUGAUCCGAAGGCCACAUCGAAGGCGCGUCGAAAAGCAGCUGGCGAUGAGCAGCAGGACGACCGGGCGAACCUCGAGAAAGUGGUGAUACCGGAGCAAGAUGCGGAAGAGGUUCUUCUGGAAAAGCCGGUUGCGGCUCGUCCGAUUGAGCUGCUGGAGCUGGAUACCAGCGCCGCAAGAGGAAGUCCGUCGCUGACGGCACCUUUCGCUUGCACCUGUUACGGUGUCUCCGCGGCCAAUCGCAGCAGAGGGCGCGGCUGUGGCCGUGGUGGCAGUCGCCGAGGGCGGCGUGGUCGUGGCGGGGCCGGCGGUGGACGUUGGGCCACACGAGGGCGCGGACGGAUGCCACUGUGCGUCUGUCGGAUGCAAUCGCUCGACGCAACCCGUAUGCCACCACCGGCGGCCGUUGGAGGUGGCGAAGAAUCUCAGGCCAGCAGCGUCACCGUCACACCCGCCGGCCGCAAGUCUGGUGCUUCGAAAACCAAAACGACACCACCGUUACCGAAGCCACGCAGAGGUGGUGCGGUCGGAACAGCAAAGGAACAACACUAUUUAUCAGCAGGGUCAUCAGUGGCAACACUGGCCACGGCAUGCGGCAGCAGCAGUAGCUGCGGCCCCGUCGUCGUCGGCAAGGGCAAGGAGGAUGGGAUGGGGGCAGUUUUCAAGUGGAUCAACUUUCGGAAGCGCUGCGAGGAGAUCGAACCGUAUCGGUUCGCGUUCGAGCGUGUUCCGUCGCUCGAACCGUGGUACGAAACGUUCCAGCGACAGGACGACGGUACGGAGAAGGUGUACGAGUACUUCGGCAGCACCGGCUACCGGAAACUACCGUACGAGAUGGGACCGCUACCGGCACUGAGCCAAAACUGUUGCAUACUAAACUACAAGGUGGUGGCGUGUCGUAAAUCGAACCGCAACGCCGCCUCGUCGCAACCGACGUCGUCAUCGUCGUCUUCGAUGGAACCACCAUCACCGGGCAAACAGCGAGGAGGUGCCGCGGCCGCCGCCAGUGGCAGUGGCACCAGCACAAACCGUUCCGGAGGAGGAGGAGCGGGAGAGGUCGGCGAUUUGGACACAAAGAAGUCACCCUCCUCGUCAGCGUUAUCGUCGUUACCGCUCAAGAAGCGGAAACUGUUGCUGCAACAGGAACAGUCCGCCGCCGCCAGCGGUAGCAGCACCGGAACGAGCACCUCCGUCGAUGGUGGCAGCACCAGUACCGGCACUAGCGGCAGCCGGAUAGCGCGGUUAAUCGCUGGCAGCGAUCGACCUCGGAAAUCACCCCGAGAACACGCGUCAACGCUGGCCAUUCUGAGUCUACUGUCACAGCAGCAGCAUCGAAAACGAGCAGCGGCCAUUAAAAUCCUGACCAGCCCGAAAAAGGCGACAACCACGACGGCGCAAUCUCUGCUAGCGACACGGAGCGGGCACGAUGCGGACAGUGGAAGCGCUGAGAACAACAAGCGGCGGCCUUCUUCUGCCACGGAUUGUGCGGCCAAUGGUGGUAACAUCAAGUUCGAAAAACCCCUCUUUCCGGACAGCAACUACGUCAACAGUCGCACCCUGUGCCAAGAGUUGGAUGCAUUCCUUUCCGGUGAGCUGGAGCAAGUAUGUGGUGGUCGGAGUACGCCGACCACCGUGUUGGCCACCGCCGGUGUGAAGAAGGAGCUGUUGGAUGAUGAGGACGAGGAGGGCCGAUUACCAUCACCGAGACCGUCUACGAGUGAGCUACACUCGUCGGAGUGCGGAACGAAGAUUAAAGAAGAAUCGGACGCUGAUGCGUUGCAUCUGACGCUGCCACCGUCGGUCCUUCGCCACGGUGUGGCCAUCGAGCGUCACCAUCUGCCCGUCAGCAAGCGUGAUCUGGUCGAUGUGCUGCAGACCGUCGGAACGGAACCUCCGCUUAGUCUGAAGCUUGUGCAGCGUUGUGAGACCGUGCUGAAGAAGAUCGUACAGUUUGAUCGUAAGCCUCGCUCGAUGCUUUCGUCGAACGGUGGCUUUGGACCGACCGUCGGCCUGCGGUUGUUCGAGGGUGGCUCCAGUCGAUCACCGGUCUGUGGUGGUGGCGUUGGCCAUGGCGGUGGCACUGGGGCGGGUGGAUCGUUCCUAAAGAAGCGCAUCAAUCGGACGGGGUGGCCAACGAACAAGCGCAAAAUUGGCACACGAACGCGGCAACAGCUGCGACUGGGUUCGAAAGAAACGGAAACCGAGGUGUCGGUGGAAGAAAACUCGGAAGACGAAAAGGCGGCGACACAGGAACAACCCGGAGCAGUGGUGGAUGAUGAAGAAGUCGAUCAGCCGGUCGAUGAUGCGGAUGAUGAUGAUGACGCGAGCGAGGAAGAGGAGGAAGAUGAAGAGGAGGACGAGGAGGACGAUGAUGGCGUGGAAACGGUGAUCGAGGAUCGAUCACCACCACGACGGCAGCGAGGGGGACCGUGCAGGAAGCACCGUGCGGCUCAAAGUAGUAUUAAUAGUAGCCAUGUUGUUGUAGUAAGCCAUGAAAAGACUCAUCACCGAGGAACGGUGAGGCCGCAGGAGAACGGUCCCGUGGAGGAGCAGCAGGAGGUGGUACUGGUGGAAGGGAAGGAAGAGGAUCGAAGCUGUCAUUCCGAGACCCGGGAACAACCGCGCGGUCGUCGGAGGCGGAAAAGUAGUAGCGCCUCGGUGGCAAAGCAGCAGCAACCGCCGCCACCCGAGGUGAGUGGUGAUCGUGGCCAGAUUGAUGACGACAAACAAGAGGCUGCGGACAUCGGCGAACCACGGCGGCCAAUGUUGUUCGAUUCGAUGCCAACGUUACGGGCGGCGCUGAUGCGUGACAAUAGCAGUCAAUUGCUGCAAAAACCGCACGGUUCCGUACCAUUGCCAUCGUCGCUCCUCUCACCAACUUCGUCCGUGCCAAAGCAUCCGAGUGACCGUUCUUCUGAAUCGUCGUCGGCGGUGGAAAGUGAACGGAGGAGUAGCUGCAGCGGAUCAUCAUCGUCGGUAGUUCCGCCACCAGCUGGCAAUCGGGGUCCAACCGGCAAUCCGACCACCGGUGGUGGCAAGUAUGUGACAAAAACGACGACCACCAUGACGCGUGUCGAUUACGAUGGAGCAUCAGGCCACCCGGUGCAGCAGGUCCCUAACACCAAAAGCCCUUCCUCGAAGCGAAAAUCCGGUGACGGCGGUGCGCAUCAGGAGGAAAGCGCUUCUGCGUCGCGGCCACUGGGCGAUGGUGGGACAGUUUCGGUCGAGCCGGUAGUGACGGUACGAACAGGCCAGCAACAGCGUCAUCAGCGUUCGGUUCCGGAGGAUGACGACAAGGAGUGCGAUUCGAUCAGCUCACGGAGUAUCUUCGUGAGCGAUGACUGUGAUACGACCUCUUCGUCGACCUUCGUGAUAACGGAAGAGACCACCGGCUCCCAACAGCACCACCACCAUCGGGUUGAUCCGAGGCUUGAGGAGCACCGCCGAAAGGAAGAGAGUUCGGAAAAUGAAGACGAGGAGGACGAGGACGAAGAGGAGCAGGACGAGCAGCUGCUGUUGGUGGCCACCGCCGAGUCCGGCAGUAGCAGUCAGCGGCAACGGCAACAACGGCGUCGCGAUGGUUCGCUGAACCAUCGAUCCCCUCGAACACCGAGCGAACGGAUACGGAACAAAAUGGUCAAGAAUCGAAGGAUGGCUCUCCUGAAUCGUCGGUUGGCCACGACUGUAGCGGUGGCCCCAUCCCGGACGACGGUGGUGAAACUUUCGCCCGCGAAGCUAACCGUGCCUACCAUCACUAACACUACUCAGUCUACGCAGACGAUCCUGGCGAAACGGCGCACACAACAGCCGGCCUCGCUUCCGCCGCCACCCCCCGUGAUGAUGAUGCCUCUGUCGCCGCCGCUCACCACCUCGACCUCUUCGUCUUCUUCUUCAUCGUGCGCCGACGAUAAACCGAUGUCUCCGGCAGCAGCGACCACCGUGGUUAGUGGUGUCUCAUCGAAAGAGGAUGCGCCGGUUCCGGAAUCGCUCGUGACACCGACCGUGGUGGCCGUCAUUAGCCCACCGUCAUCGAAGGUGAAAACACGUUCUUCGAGCAAACGAGGUGGCGGCCGGAGUGCGACGACGACAGCCGGUCGUGGACGUCGAACGUAUCGCGCCGCGGCGACGAACACCGGACUCGGAACGAAAGACACACUCUUUGAGGCCGCGACGACGAUCCCCAUCCCGUACGUAAGGCUCGUGAAGACGCCGUUUCCCAUCGGACCGCUGUCACCAGCUGAGCCUCCUGCACCACUCGAAGACAGUCCAUCGGCGCCAGCACCGAAAGGGUCUCCGUCGAGAAGGGUGAAGAAAUCCGCUUCCAGAGUGAAAUGCGGUCGCCGAAGGCAGCUGCAGGUUGUUGAACCAGAAGCAGAAGCAGAAGAACAAGCGGUUCCCGUGAAGAAGCGACGGAAAAAGCAGCACAUUGUUCUAAAGGAAGAGCCGGCCGACGACGACCUCCCAAACCAAAACGCCCGGCGUCCGACGGCGGCACCCAAAGAGCCAGAAUCGGCGACGGUGAUGGAAUGCGGCAGAGACAAGUGCCGGUCGCUAACACCGCCACCGCGCGGAAAGCGUCUGAAGCUGAAGGUACUCAAUCACACCAGCAGCCACUUCACUUACGAAACCCUCAGCCUGGCACCGUUUGUGGUCGAAAACGGCGUCGAUAACCCUGAUUCCGAUGACGACGACGAUCAGGAUCAGGACGAUGAUGUGAAUGUUCCGGCCGUGAUGUCACCGGUUCACCAGGUGGACAUUGAGCAGCUGCUGGAGGAGCAUUUGGUGGAAGAGGUAAAGGGUGGUACGGUCGAUGAGGAGGACGAUCCGGAAGAUGAGCGCAUCGAAAUGCUCGAAUUGAUGGAAGUGGAAGACGAUCACGACGACGACGACGGUGAUCAUCUGAUGGCCAACAAUCGACACGGAGUCGAAGAUGGGGAAGAGCCUGAUGAGGACGCGUUCCUGACCGGUGACGAAGUGGAACUGGAGGAAGAGGACGAUGCUCGAGCGGUGGUCAAUCGCAUCACGAACGAUGAUCAUCCGUACGCCAACAGCAGUUCCGAUGACCAUCGGCGUUACCAGAUUAAUCGUCACCACCAACACCAUCAUCAUCAUCGGCGGCACGAGAGCGGUCAAUCGACGGAUGAGGGCGAGGACUCAUCACCGGAGUAUGUGGAGGUCGAAGAGCUGGAGGUACACGACGACGUGGUGCUGGAAGAGGCGAAUGACCUCGAGGAAGAACAACUCGCCGAAGAGGAGGAGCAUGAAGAAGAGGAAGAGGAUACCGACGAGGAUGACAGUGGGACAACAGAGGAAGUGAUCCAUCACCAUCACGUCGUACAGGAUUCCCUGCGGAAGUAUCCGGCACCAGGAAGAGGUACGGUGGUGCCGGUCGCGAGGCACAAUAAAGUGACAUCGCCGAACGAAGGGCACGUAGUUGUCCCCGCAUCCAGUUCGACCACCACCCUAGUGAGUCCGAAUAAGUACAGUCCGCGCAAGCUGCGGAAACCGCGUGGCCGUUGGUAUCGGGAAAGAUGAGCUACAGCAGCCGCGAAACCAUACAAUCGGCACCACCACUAUCAUCAUCAGCACCAUCAUCAUCAUCAGCAUGAUGUCCUUGUGCUGCCUGCGUAAGAUACGAAGAGUGUGUGUGCUAACAACCCUCUCGAUUCCGGAGCCGGAGCGAUCCCGUACGCCCGAUUUGCUUUUAAACACCAUCGGCGACCGCCACACGUUUCGGUUCGGAUCGUGAUCGUUUGAGAGAGAGAAGAAGAGACCGAAGGCCAUUGAAUGUUGUUUGUGUAGCGCGCGAUCCGUUUAUACAUCCUUAAAUUGAAUGUUUCGUUUUUGUCCACACAAACCCCCGAGUGUAUAGCAUCAAAUAGGUGAGGUCGUAAAUGUCUAUAGGUUUCUUUUUGUAAUUCUUAUAAUCCAUGUUUUUUUGCCGCCCUUUCGGUUUCCGAAGUUAGCGUUAGAGGAGGUAGAGGGUCAGUUCUCCAAAAACCCCCCGAUCUGUCGUCGUUUACUGUGGGACCGUCCCCAUUAUUUCGUUCAUCGAUUAUAAUUACUGUAAAUUUAUUUUAUUUUACAACAAAACCCGCGCACGGCAAGUGAAAACUUUUGGAUCUUUCGCCCGUGAGGGACAGAGUAUUAGGGGGAACAUCCGACCGAAGUGGGUGAAGCUCAUUUGGGUAGAUUGUAGGUGUAUAGGGCAUCUGAAACUAUAGAAGAAGAUCUGGCCUCCGGAGGUGUCCGAAUUCGUGGUGUGGUUCACACUCAUUUUCUUCUCCGCGCACCCUGAUCCGAGGCAAGGAUAAAAAAAACGCGAGCGAUCGAGGGGAGAAGGAAAAUCUGUAAAGAACGAUGCUCUCCUAAUGGGGACGAAGAUAGAAAACUAAGAGAAAAAACGUUUAAGUACCAUAUAAAUGUGUUGUUAAGUGGACAGUAGAAGCGCGCGUCAAGAAACAAACUGUUUGGACGGAAAGGACCACACGACGCGGCGCAGAUGACGAAAACAAUGAUGGAAGGAAAUGAAAUGAAGCGAACGUUUCGUAAAAAAGAAAAAUUAUGUUUUCAUUUAUUUUGUUUUGUUAGCCUAAGCGAUUUCGAUCUCGACGGCGGCGGCGGUGAAUACAGGAACCAGGAAUUUUGGCGGAUUUAACCCCCUUUGUUUCUAUUAUUCUUUUCCCAUCGGUGGUUUUUGCUAAACAGCUAAACAGAGUUUCUUUCUCGCGUGUCUUCGCCUCUAGCUAAUAAUGUUACAUUUUCCUACAACAGACAGUGGUCGUGCGUUGUCCUCCAGUUUUUUGUUGCCUUCCAGGUGGCCAAGUUCCAAUACGGUGCCGGUGUCUUAGGAGAGACAGUGUUUCAGUUAUCCUUCUCGUAGCACAAAUUUUGUUGAUCCGUUGUGCCGUUUCCCUGACAACGGUGCGUGGCGUUAUAAUUGUUCCCCCGGCGAGCUUUGUGGAUUGCAUCGUUACUACGUAGGCCUGUAAGCAACAAGUAAGCCGUGACAUGACACGGAAGGGUUACAUUCCUUUUGGUGCUGGCAAGUUCUCGCCCGCAGUUCGCUUUUAUCCGAUAUAGUGUUGUAAAAAGAGAAGAAAACUCUGCAGGUGAUGAGACUGGCUUUUCUGGCUACAGAAGAAACUACAAGCGCAUUUUGGAACAAACGAGUGCCACACACGAGGAGGAGGAGGAGCCCAUAGAAGGCUGCGAAAGAAAGAAAGAAACUACGAAACAAACCCCCUAGACAAACACACAUACCAUUUAUUAUCUGUGCAAGUUAAGAAUAGAGGAAGAGGAAGCGGCUAAACGCCGAACGACGGUCAAAAAAAGGGCGAAGACUUUUCAGAAAACUAAAAUUUAAUCACGACAAAACAAAACAAACU